AUGCGGGCCUGCUCGAUUCUGCGCCGGCACAUCCAUCCCUCGGCCAAAUCUCUGUCUCAAUCCUCCGGAGGCGUAUCCGCACAGAUCGCCCGCCAUUACGGACAACUACCCCGGGCCCAUCGUCCUCCCUACUCCACCCAGCACGACCCGAGAAAGGCCUCGUCUUCCUGGAUUGCUUUCGCCCUGCUCGCUGUUGGUGGCGGCGCCUGUGUUUUUAACUACUUCACUGCCAGCGAACGACCAUUCUCCGCGCAUUCCCGGCCCCCGCCACAACAACCCUUCCUCGGUGUCAUCGAUACCCUCAAGACCAUGCCUGUCGAACCCGCCCCGGGAACCGUGGGGACCCUUACCCCGGAGCAGGAGGCCAAGCUCCAGGAAUUCUGGGUCCUGACCCUGAAGGUCUUCGGUGUCGACAUCGAGGCCCUCGAGGCCGAUGCCAGUGGCAAGGAGAGCGCUGAUGCGGCCGCGGCCAGCGCAGCAAAGAAGGAGAAGGAGAAGGACAAAUCCUCCAAGCGCCGAUGGACGCUCUGGGGCCGCAGCAAUGAUGACGACGGUGAUGACGCGAAGAGCGUCUCUUCCGCGAGUGGGAUCACCGCCAGCCUAGCUUCGAUCAACAUCGCCGAGGGUGAUGAUAAGUACGGUCAAUCCAAGGAAUUUCAGCAAGCGCUGGUAGAUCUGUCAGCCGAGGAGAUCCGGACUGCGUUUUGGAAUAUGGUCAAGCAGGACCACCCAGAUGCUCUGCUGCUGCGCUUCCUCCGCGCGCGCAAGUGGGAUGUCAAGAAGGCGUUGGUCAUGAUGAUCUCCACCAUGCGCUGGCGCUUGCAGGAUGUGCAUGUGGAUGAUGAUAUUAUGGCCAAUGGAGAGGCCCUUGCUUUGAAGCAGUCGCAAAGUUCUGAUCCAGCGGAAAAGAAGAAGGGAGAGGAGUUCCUCCACCAGAUGCGAAUGGGCAAGAGCUUUUUGCACGGCGUGGACCGAUUUGGUCGUCCUAUCUGUGUUGUCCGUGUACGACUGCACCGUGCUUCCGAGCAGGAGGUGGAUACUCUAGAGCGCUUUACGGUCUACACUAUUGAGACGGCCCGUCUGUUGUUGGCGCCUCCUGUUGAGACUGCGACAAUUAUUUUUGAUAUGACCGACUUCACAUUGGCCAACAUGGACUACACCCCUGUCAAAUUCAUGAUCAAGUGCUUUGAAGCCAACUACCCCGAGUCUUUAGGCUCUGUACUUAUCCACAAGGCCCCUUGGAUUUUCUCCAGUAUUUGGAGCAUUAUCAAGGGCUGGCUCGACCCUGUCGUCGCUGCCAAGAUCCAUUUCACCAAGAACCGCCAAGACCUGGAAGAGUUCAUCCCGCCCAGCCAAAUCAUGAAGGAACUUGAGGGUGACGAAAAUUGGGAGUAUGCAUACUCUGAAGUGCAGCCGGGCGAGAACAGCAAAAUGGAGGAUACCGAAACCCGUGAUAAACUGAUCUCUGAGCGUCAAGAACUCGCCAAGGACAUCCAGGCAACCACUAUCGAAUGGAUUCGGGCUAGUCUGAAGAACGAAAUCGCGACUGCCUCUUCUAUCAAGGAGAAGCGUAAUGGCCAGAUCCAGCAGCUGCGUGACCAGUACUGGGUGAUUGACCCAUACAUCCGGACUCGCUCGCUGUACGACCGACUGAACAUCGUCCAAGGUGCCGGCAAGAUUGAGUUCUACCCGGGCACCAAGAAGAAGGCUGAAGAAACAUCGUGA